CCAUUUUUCCAGUUCAUUUUUCAGCACACUCAGGUACUUACUUUUUCUCUUGCUGUACGUGUGAGUGAGCUGGGCGUCUACUGUGAAAAAAUUAAUUUUUACUUGUAAGAAAAUCCCUGAGCGUAUAAUUAACUAUAUAAAAGCAAGUGAAAUGGCUGAUUUAAAUGAUUCUAAUGGAAACUACGACGACAAUGAUGAGCAAAUUUCUGAGCCCGAGCAGCUACGUAAGCUGUUUAUCGGCGGUUUGGACUACCGAACCACCGAUGAGGGCCUUAAAGCCCAUUUUGAGAAAUGGGGCAAUAUCGUCGAUGUUGUAGUUAUGAAGGAUCCAAAAACGAAGCGCUCUCGCGGUUUCGGCUUUAUCACUUACUCGCAGUCUUACAUGAUUGAUAAUGCGCAGAAUGCACGUCCUCACAAAAUCGAUGGACGCACUGUUGAGCCAAAGCGUGCCGUGCCGCGACAGGAGAUCGAUGCACCCAACGCUGGCGCAACGGUAAAGAAAUUGUUUGUGGGUGGUCUGCGUGACGAUCAUGACGAGGAGUGCUUACGCGAGUACUUCAAGGAGUUUGGGCAGAUUGUUGGCGUCAAUAUUGUGUCUGACAAGGACACGGGCAAGAAGCGCGGCUUUGCGUUCAUUGAGUUCGAUGAUUACGAUCCUGUGGACAAAAUUAUCCUGCAGAAGACGCACAACAUCAAGAACAAGACGCUCGACGUGAAGAAAGCAAUUGCCAAACAGGAUAUGGAUCGUCAAGGUGGAGGUGGUGGCGGCGGCGGCGGUGGUGGCGGCCGUGGUGGUCCCGGAGGACGCGCCGGUGGUCGAGGUGGUGAUCGUGGUGGCCAAGGUGGCGGCUGGGGUAACAAUCGUCAAAAUGGCGGCGGUAAUUGGGGUUCCGGUGGCGGAGGCUUUGGUAAUAAUGGCAAUUUCGGUGGCAACCAAGGUAGCUCUGGCGGCUGGAACCAACCAACCGGCCCCUGGAAUAACCAGGGCGGUAACAGCGGCGGCGGCGGUGGCUGGAACGGUGGCGGUGGCGGCUACAGCGGCAGCGGUGGUAACAGCAACGGCAACUGGGGUGGCGGUAACGGCGGCGGUAGCUUCAGCAACGAUUAUCAACAGAGCUACGGUGGCGGUCCGCAGCGCAACAGCAACUUUGGCAACAAUCGCCCGGCGCCAUACAACCAAGGCGGCGGCUUCAACAAGAGUGGCGGCCAAGGCAGCGGAGGUGGCCAGGGCGGUUUUGGUGGUGGAAAUAAUUACAACACCAGCCAAGGUGGCAAUAUGGGCGGCAAUAGACGUUACUAAUCAAGGUAAACACUUACAGAAUCAGUUCAAGCUAGACAAAAAGGCAGUCUAGGCGCAGGCAGUGAGACAGGCAGAGGCAGGCAAUCAAUGACAGUGAGAGGCAGUGAAAUUUGGGCAAGGCAGGCAGACAAGAUAAUGAUUUAAGCAAGUAAUCAGCAGCUAUACAGAAAAUGAAGUGUAUGCAGUUAUCAGGCAAUCGACAUUAUGUGCCCUCAAGACCAGCCUAUAAGCAACUAACUAAUCCCGAUAAAAACAAAGAGAAAAAAAAUAUCAAAACAAAUGAAACUAAACUAAUUAUGUUUGAUAUGAACCUGAAAAACUCACUUCAACCAACAAAUAUCAACAAUUUAUUGCUAAUGUCUUGUCUCAAUUAUACAUACAUUUAAUUUUUAUGAUCAAUUCGUGUUUAGGAUUUUAAGAACCUUGAACGCUUAGUUUUAACUAAAUUAACACACCAUACAACAACACAACAAAAAACAAAAACC